UAGCUUUACUAGCUGCUGCUGCUUCAUUCUGUCCAUUUACACAAAUUCAAUAUCUCUUCCAGCCUGAGGUAGCAAGAAUCAUCAAGAAGAAGUCAAUUGGGUUUAAACUCUCUAUCCUCCGAGUUGCUCAUCUUAAGAACUGCUUGACCACAUUAAACAUAUUGGACUAAGUUAUAAAUUUGUUCAUAAAUAAGUGACUAAAAAUAGUACACACUUUCUCCGUAUCAAACAAAAAUCCUAAUGUCAAAGUCUCCGUUCUUCUGGUUAAAGUCAUCGUUCUCUAACUUGUAUUUCUUUCCUUCAUAGCUUUUCUUUAAUCUUUCAUUUCGAAAGAGAGAGAGUGUUAGAGAUAUUUUUCUGUUUCAACGAUGAAUAAUUAUGGGGAAAGCAAUGGAGAUUUAAAUGUCCAUGAAAAACAAGUUGAAGGUCAUGAUCACUGUGAAAAUGGAGAUGGGUCUGAUAAUAGAGUCAUUUUGGGGAUUGAUGGUGGGACUACUUCAACUGUUUGUGUCUGCAUUCCUUUAUUUUCUUCCUCAAAAUCCCUCCCUAACCCUCCUCCUAUCCUUGGACGUGCUGUUUCUGGUUGCUCCAAUCAUAACAGCGUUGGAGAAACUGCUGCCAGGGACACAUUGGAAGAGGUUAUGGCUGAAGCCCUCUCAAAAUCAGGUUCUGAUUGGUCGGCUGUUCAUGCUGUUUGUUUAGGUGUUUCUGGUGUUAACCAUCCAACUGAUCAAGAAAGGAUACUAAACUGGCUAAGAGAAAUAUUUCCUAGCCAUGUGAAGUUGUAUGUUCAGAAUGAUGCUGUUGCUGCUCUUGCAAGUGGGACCAUGGGAAAGCUUCAUGGCUGUGUAUUAAUUGCUGGUACGGGGUGCAUUUCUUAUGGAUUUGCUGAAGAUGGCAGAGAAGCUCGAGCUUCAGGUGCAGGACCUGUCCUAGGUGAUUGGGGGAGGUAUGCGCUAUACACUCAUGGAUAUGGAAUUGCUGCAAAGGCACUGACUGCAGUAAUAAGGGCUCAUGAUGGUCGUGGUCCACAGACAAUGCUAACAAAUAAGAUUUUGAAGGCACUCAGUCUCUCGUCUCCUGAUGAACUUAUCGGGUGGACUUAUGCUGAUCCAUCUUGGGCACGCAUUGCAGCACUUGUUCCAGAAGUGGUAUCUUGUGCAGAAGCUUGCGAUCAAGUAGCAACUAAGAUCUUGGUCAAUGCAGUCCAGGACUUGGCUCUAAGUGUGAAGGCUGUUGUCCAAAGACUUCAGUUGUGCGGUGAAGAUGGAAAUGGUUCUUUCCCUGUUGUGAUGGUUGGUGGUGUUCUCGAAGCUAACAGGACUUGGGAUAUUGGGAAAGAAGUUAUGAAAUGUAUUCAGGAGCAGUUUCCUGGGGCUCAUCCCAUUAGACCACAGGUCGAACCAGCAGUUGGGUCUGCGUUGCUGGCCUGGAAUUUCUUGAUGAAAGAAUCAACAGAGAGCUCCCAUAGCUGACUGGUUCCGUUUUAGGGUGCUGAAUUCUCUACUGUACAGAUCAAGAUAGAGGAAGGUUUCUUGGAAAUAAAAUGUAUUUAGUGAAAUUCAUAUGCUCGUUCUGCCGUCAUUUAAGGAAAAAGAAAAAUGAGAAGCAGCUACUUGUUCAUGAUUUAACCCUUCGCACAUCCAUUUCAUUCUUAAAUUCCACAUGUUUUGGAAGAAUAUUUCGCGCUUGUUCUCCCCAUUUUUCAGCUGUACGUAAAGAUAAUGAAAGACUAGAGAAUUGAUGGUAAAAGCAUUUAACA